CCCGACCCCUGCGCCCCGAUCCCCGCGCCCGGAUCCCGGCGCCCGACCCCCGCGCCCGCCUCCGCCAACUUUCACGCUGCCUCGGCGGCCCGGCCCGGCUCGACGCCAAUGGUGGAGGCCAUAGUGGAAUUUGACUACCAGGCCCAGCACGACGAUGAGCUGACGAUCAGCGUGGGUGAGAUCAUCACCAACAUCAGGAAGGAGGAUGGAGGCUGGUGGGAGGGACAGAUCAACGGCAGGAGAGGUUUGUUCCCUGACAACUUUGUAAGAGAAAUAAAGAAAGAAAUGAAGAAAGACCCUCUCUCCAGCAAAGCUCCAGAAAAGCCCAUGCACGAAGUGUCCAGCGGAAAUGCUUUGCUCUCUUCUGAAACAAUUCUAAGAACCAAUAAGAGAGGCGAGCGGAGGAGGCGCCGCUGCCAGGUGGCGUUCAGCUACCUGCCCCAGAACGACGACGAGCUUGAGCUGAAGGUCGGCGACAUCAUAGAGGUAGUAGGAGAGGUAGAAGAAGGAUGGUGGGAAGGCGUUCUCAAUGGGAAGACCGGAAUGUUUCCUUCCAACUUCAUCAAGGAGCUGUCAGGGGAGUCGGAUGACCUGGGCAUCUCUCAGGAUGAGCAGCUCUCCAAGUCAAGGCCUGAAGCUCUCCUCCCUCCAGCUUCUCUGCUGCCCUUCCCAACUCACGGAGCAAAAGGAAAGACUACAUUUGAAGGGACAAUUCUGUACCGAGCUGCACCGGGAAAGACGGAGGGCCACAGACGCUAUUACAGUUUAAGGGAAACCACAGGCUCCGAGAGUGAUGGGGGUGACUCGAGCAGUACCAAAUCCGAAGGUGCCAACGGGACAGUCGCAACUGCAGCAAUCCAGCCGAAGAAAGUUAAGGGAGUGGGCUUUGGAGAUAUAUUCAAAGACAAACCAAUAAAACUAAGACCAAGGUCGAUUGAAGUAGAGAAUGACUUUCUACCGGUGGAGAAGAGUAUUGGAAAGAAGUUACCUCCAGCUACAGCAACUCCAGACCCAUCAAAACCAGAAAUGGACAGCAGGACAAAGGCCAAGGAUUACUGCAAAGUAAUAUUUCCAUAUGAGGCACAGAAUGACGAUGAAUUGACAAUCAAAGAAGGAGAUAUAGUGACUCUCAUCAAUAAGGACUGCAUCGACGUGGGCUGGUGGGAAGGAGAACUCAACGGCAGACGAGGAGUGUUCCCUGAUAACUUCGUGAAGCUUCUUCCACCUGACUUUGAAAAGGAGGGCAAUAGAAAACAUGUUCUGAUCACUGUUAUCCUUUCCCCCUUAGGUACCACUGAGAGAAAACAUGAAAUUAAAAAGAUACCUCCUGAAAGACCAGAAACGCUUCCAAACAGAACAGAAGAGAAAGAAAGACCAGAGAGAGAGCCAAAACUGGAUUUACAGAAGCCCUCCGUUCCUGCCAUACCACCCAAAAAGCCGCGGCCACCCAAGACCAAUUCUCUCAGCAGACCGGGUGCGUUGCCCCCCAGGAGGCCUGAACGACCAGUGGGUCCCCUGACCCACACCAGGGGUGACGGUCCCAAGAUUGACUUGGUGGGCAGUUCGAUUUCUGGCAUCCUGGACAAGGACCUCUCGGAUCGCAGUAAUGACAUUGACCUAGAAGGUUUUGACUCCGUGGUAUCAUCUACUGAGAAACUCAGUCACCCAACCACAAGCAGACCAAAAGCCACGGGGAGGCGGCCUCCGUCCCAGUCCCUCACCUCCUCUUCCCUUUCAAGCCCUGAUAUCUUUGACUCCCCAAGUCCCGAAGAAGAUAAAGAGGAACACGUUUCGCUUGCACACAGAGGAGUGGAAGCAUCAAAGAAAACUUCAAAGACUGUUACCAUAUCCCAAGUGUCCGACAACAAAGCAUCCCUGCCGCCCAAGCCAGGGACCAUGGCUGCAGGUGGUGGUGGUGGUGGGCCAGCCCCUCUGUCCUCAGCAACAUCCUCCCCGCUGUCAUCCUCUUUGGGAACAGCCGGACACAGAGCCAACUCCCCGUCUCUAUUUGGCUCAGAAGGAAAACCAAAGAUGGAGUCCGCGGCCAGCAGCCAGGCGGCCGUGGAGGAACUAAGGACGCAGGUCCGCGAGCUGAGGAGCAUCAUCGAGACCAUGAAGGACCAGCAGAAACGAGAGAUUAAGCAGUUACUGUCCGAGUUGGAUGAAGAGAAGAAAAUCCGGCUUCGGUUGCAGAUGGAAGUUAAUGACAUAAAGAAAACUCUUCAAUCAAAAUGAAUACUUGAUAAAUGAAAUGUCACAUUAUUCAUCCUGAGUCCAAGACUCAAAUUUUCCGCCCCAGCCAAAAUAACCUUGUGCCAAAAGAUUAAAGGUUUGCCUCCGCGUGUCCCUGUUUGAAAGAUUAGCACAGAAGUCUUGCUAGCACAACACAAAUUCCAUCCAAGAGGAUACUCUUCCCCAUGGUAUAAUCCUGGGCAUGGCACUGGUUGUGACUUAGAGCAGAUUGUGCUGAAGGCUUUUUUACUCUGAGAUCUCAUGCGAAACGAAAACUCAGGCAGUUUAGUCCAUAGUGGUACUAUUUUGAUGAUAUUUUCCAUUAAUAAAAUGUAAUUUCAGAUUAUUCGUUUACAAGCUUUAUAAUUUUAUGAUUUUUUAAUCGUGUUUUGUCACAGAUUCUCCCAGUGUCUGUAUUACAGCUAGUCCAGAGCGAGCGUCCCAUUCUUUUGCUUCAGGCAGAAAGCUGCCUCGCUUUGUGUCCCCUCUAGGAUUCUAUUACAUAUGCAAUUUUAGGUCCGACCCGUCCCUUCUCCUGCCAGCCAACCCCGCCACCGUAAGAUAGAUUUUAGCUUAUAUAUGAUGGUCUAUUUACAAAAAAGAGAAAGAGAAAACCUGGUAUUUGCAAUGAUCUGUGCCUUCUUUUUACCACCCUCUUGAUUGGAGCUUUUGUGAUGCAGCUACCAUGAUUCAAAAAACAAAACAAAACAAAACAACAACAACAAAAACCACCUGUUUUUUUUAAAGCCACUUCUCAAAGUCCACUAGAGGCCACUGUCUUCAGAGCUUCUCUCACCUAGCCAAAGGUCCCAAGAGGAGACAGCUGUGAAGUUGGGCGUGCUCGGUGGUACCCGCUGUGACGUUUAAGUUCUCCUAGUUGUAGGUUGUUCAUGGAACUAGAAAUGUCACCCCUGCUUGAUUUUUCAUCAGCCAAGUUAAACCCCUGCUUCCUGUCCUUUGCACCUUUUGCGUGAACAGAAUAUGCAUUAUGAAAGCAAAAAUAAAUAAACGUAAAAUGCAA